CAGUUUUCAUGUUGUUAUAGAGCUCAUAAUGCAAAUUUUAAAAUUCUGCUUACGAAUUAAUAAAAUAAUAAUAUGAUCGCAUUUCAGCUCUUUAGCAAUGUAUGUUCUUUCGCUAUAAUCGACGCUUGAAUGGUAUAAACAUUUGACCACGUAUUUUGAUUAUUAGAGUUAACAUACAGAUACAAGUGUUUACAAUGACUAUGAUAGACGGCAUUGGUGAUGAAGUUAUACAGUUUAUGGCAGUGGUGUUGAUCAUAUUUGUAGCAUCAUUAGCUUGGUGGUCUACAAACGCAAGACCAAAUAGAUACAGGACCAUACUUGUUAUGAGGUCUCGGCCCCACCAUCCUGUCACAGUUAGUAUACGAACGAGACCGAAUACAACAAAUUUACAAAUAAAUAGUUCCCAGGAAACUCCCGCUGAACCUACUCUAGCAACUACAACAAAUACUGCUUUGGAGUCGGAGAGCUCAAGAAACAAUGGAGUAAUUCCCCUUCAAGAGAUGGACAGUAUUGUAGAUGCAGACAUGGCCAUGCUAGAUAACAACCGUUUGCACUUUUAUAGACGAAUUGAUGCACCCGCAGCGACACAAACCCAGGAGACUCAGAGGGAGGAGGUGGCUCCUGUGGAGGCGGAGCCCGCCAGCAACGACCAGAUACGUGAAAUGGAUAGUAUCGUCAGCGCCAUGGAGGCCGAUGUCACAGAUGGCUGCGAUUUCUUUGCGCGCAAUAAUGAACCUAACUCGAGUUUAAAAAGUAGCGAAGAAAAGGAUAAUGAUCAGUCUGCGGCAGGCGAAGGAGAGGCAGCCGUAGACGUCGCCAGCAGUACGUCGACUGACAUCGCUAGCGCCGACGCCGACCAACGGAAAAUCCUCAUUAAACUCAAAUACCUCAACGAAACUUUGAAAGAAGUCGAAGGCAGUCUGGAUGAGCUGUUGAAGGAUUUUAAAUUGAGGCACUUCUCGGCGGAGCUGUCGUCGGAGCGGCGCGUGAGGCUGAUCUUCAACGGGCGCGUGCUGGAGGAGGCGGCGACGCUGCGCGCGCUUGGUCUCCACCACCGAGCUGUGGUACACUGUCUCGUGCACCCCAAUCGUCCGCAGCAGACACAGCAGCAGAGCCCGCCGGAAGCGGCUGCCAAUCCGGAGUUGAGUCGGGAGACGCCGCAGGGGGAGCGCUGGCUGGACAUGGAGAAUGUGCUCAUGACGCUCGUGUCCGUCGCGCUCACUAUCGUCUGGUUCUUUAGAUGUGAAUAUUCUAAUAUGUUCACUGCCAGCGCUAGCGUCGCCCUCUUCGCUCUAACAGUUUUCUACACUGUUGCUAUAUUUGGUUUAUAUCUUUCCGACACAUUCCAUUUUGAUCGAAGACCAAAUCAGCCUGUACCAAAUAAUUAAACAAACAAUUGGAAAUAUGGACUUAAAGCAAUGGUAUAGCAGUUUUACAAUGUGUAAUGAUUUCCAAAACGUUGUAUUAGGUACUCGGUGACUUUUAAAAUUGAAGGCCCAUUUCUUAUUUAAGACAAAAUUUAAGAUGUAUCUCAAAAAUAAAUUGAUGUUGAUAAUAAUGGCCAAGAGAUUUAGGUGCAGGCAGAUAAAUUGUUUAAAGCACGAUAAUGUAGUUUGACCAGUUCGCCAGCACAGGUAAAUAGUGCGGAAAGCCAUACUUACAGAGAACUCCUUUUUCCCACAUGCCUCAGGCAUUCUCCGCAGGCAAAUUGGCUGGUAUGGCUAGCGUUAAGUGUGUCGGUGUUUGUCACGAUUUAUUUAUUCAUAUCAUUAUAUUAUUAUGAUUUAGUUUCCAAAGUUAAAAAAACAUUUUCAUUAACGUUAGAUUGGCUUACGUUUCAAAAUCGAAAAGAAAGUUAACUUCUCAUCAAUGUCUUUAGGUAAUUCUUGCUUUCCAAUUAACAUUUAAAUUACUGAGUUUACUGAUUACAUAAUGUUUUAAAAA